UGACAUUCUCAAUUCUCAACCCCAUGUCCGAAAUCCAAAUCCCACCACUUAUACGAUUAAUCUAAUCCGAUUACUUCUCAGUAUCUUUUUUCUUCAUAUAAUAUGUAAAAAAAGAAAAGUGGAACAAAAAGGAAGCCAAUAGAAUAGUGUAUAGGAAAAAACAAUGUUGGCGAAUGAAUCGGGUGGUUCGACUUUCGAUCUUCCCGAGGAAGUGUUGCAAGUAUUACCGUCUGAUCCUUUCGAUCAACUCGAUGUGGCCCGUAAGAUCACCUCCAUUGCUCUCUCCACGCGCGUUUCUUCACUUGAAGCCGAGUCUUCUUCUCUUAAACAUAAGCUUGCCGAGAAAGACCAACAAAUCGCCGAUUUGUGUGCCCAGAUCGAAGCCCUCGAGGCUUCUUUGUCUGAAACCUCGGAUAAGCUCGUUAAUGUAGACCAGGAGAAGGAGAGCUUGUUGAAAGAUAAUGCUUCCCUUUCUAAUACUGUAAGGAAGCUUCAGAGAGAUGUUUCCAAGUUGGAGGUCUUUAGAAGGAAGCUUAUGCAAUCGCUUCAAGACGAUGAAGAAAGUUCUGCCACAGGGGGUCGUCCAAUCGUAGCGAAGCCAACACCAUCAGAAGAUGCUGCCGCCUUGCUUUCAAGAACUGCUUCAAUGCGCAGCCAGUACUCUGAUACAGGAAAUUCAUAUACGGAGGAUCGUGACACAGAUGCGGCACCCUCGAGACCUGCCAUACCUCAUGGCCUCCUGCUAGCAUCACAAACAACCACACCUCGGAUGACUCCUCCAGGUUCCCCACCAAGUGUGUCAGCCUCUGCAUCUCCCACAAGGACUUCUAAGCCAGUGUCUCCUAGGAGGCAUGCAGUUUCAUUUUCUACCUCAAGAGGCAUGUUUGAUGACAGGUCAUCAGUAUCAAGCACCGAUUCCGGAUCACAGUCUGGUCGCACUCGGGUUGAUGGAAAAGAGUUCUUCCGUCAAGUGAGAAGCCGCUUGUCAUAUAAGCAGUUUGGUGCAUUCCUGACAAAUGUUAAAGAACUAAACUCCCAAAAACAAACGAGAGAAGAGACUUUAAGGAAAGCAGAGGAGAUUUUCGGCCCGGAUAACAGAGAUCUGUAUGCAAUAUUUGAGGGUUUGAUCAAUCGCAAUGUCCAUUAAAUCAGCCGAGUAAUCAUCGGUUUUUUUCUACUUUGUGAUUUAUUUAGUAAAAUUUUUAGUGUAAAGUUACCUAAUAAAGCAUCUAUUCUGACAACUUAACAAAAAAAAACUUAAUUCCUAUUGGCUAUAAAUUUGUUCAUCCGUUGUUCCAUCGGUGAAAAA